CCGUCACCAUGUGCGCCUGCAAACAUAGAAAGUCAUUCCUUAUCGAGGACAUCCUCAAGGACUCUAAGAAGACUCACAGAAACUUGAGCAAUGAACCUAAAGAGCCAUUAACUUGUAAGAGUAAAUCAGAACCUAUAGAAGUGACUAGACUAGCUGAACCAGAUAUAGAAUUGUCAAAAGUGAGCUUAAAUGUAGAAGUGAGAAGGAGCACGUAUCCAUUGUAUCCGAUGCCGGUGAAGGCAGGACUCCAUUGGCCGUAUCGAGUGAAAGGCUACUCAGUGGAAACGCGACCUUCGCCUAGCUACUACAGCGAGCCGGCGAUGACGGAGCAACUUUUUAGAAGCCAGCUCGCUAGCAGAUUGAUGACACACCCCUACAGCAUACGACACACUUACGGCUUCGAUAGAGUGGCGCCCGGUUGCUGCAGCCCGUGGUGGGGUGUGGGCGGACGGCGCAAGGGUGGGCAGGUGAGGUUCAGCGCCGCGCAGACAAGCGCCCUCGAGCGUAGGUUUGGAGCCAGCAAGUACCUCAGUCCAGACGAAAGACGGGCCCUCGCGGCGUCACUUAGACUUAGCGAUAGACAGGUGAAAACAUGGUUUCAAAACCGGCGCGCUAAGUGGCGUCGUUGCGCGCCGGAUGCCGCGGACAGUGGCAGCCCGCCCUCAGCAGAAGACGCCUCCGACGAUGACGUCACUAUCGCAGAUGAAGACUGACACUAGAUGGCGCUGACAUUCUGACACUUGCCAUGACAUUGCAAAUAUGAGGAAAGGACGGACAAGAGAUAUAAAAGAAAUUUUUAACAUUGAACAUACAUUUUUAUUUUAUUUUAAGUAGGAAUAAUUCUAUAUGAACAUAUGCCUUUAUUUCACUAGAUUGUUCUGAAAAAUAUUCAGAUGAAAAUUUAAACCUUAUCUAGUCAACGAUAUAAUAGUUCGAACUUCUGCCACAUUUUUAUCUACGACAUGCGAAAAUUAUUUGGAAAUAAUCUUUUAAUUAUGUAUUUAUUGGAUUUUAAAUGUACGUUCAAUGAUAAGGGUUGCCAUUAUCUCAGAUUAAUUGCAUUUCAAGCUAUGAUUGAUUAUGUGAAUGACGUCACAGUAUAUCUGUUACUUUAUCAAAGGAAUCCGCGAUAUCGAGUUUAGAUUUUUGGGGAUGUACCUAAUUGUAAAACACAAGUAAAGAAACAUUAAAGGCCGAUAAUUUAUUAAUAUCCUAGAGAUUAGAUCUAAAAACAAAUUUGUUAUCUAUAUUAAUUGUUGAUAACCUUAAAAUUUUUUUAGUCAUCCUUUCUUGUGUAUUGUAACCAAUAAAAGUAACGUUUACAAAUUAAAAAAUCUAACGUCACCUUUAAUUUCAUAUCUAUCUUAUUUAAUAUUAUAAAUGUGAAACUUUAGAUGUAUGUAUGUUUGUAGCC